ACUUAUACUAAUGUUAUAUAUAUACAUGCAUAAAUUAUCGGAUUUAGGUGCAACAACACAAACAAUUCCACAACAUCCUCCCCCUCGUCGGUGAGGUUACAUCAGAGGCCACAUUAGCAUGUAUUUGUAUGACCGUGGACUAAUCCGUGACCUUUCCUACUCCGAUGGGCUGCUUCCACUCUAAAUCCCCAAAACACACCCCUGGUUACGAGGAGCCCAUUAUCCUCGCUGCUGAGACACUCUUUUCUGUCAGUGAAGUAGAGGCUUUAUACGAACUGUAUAAGAAGAUAAGUAGCUCCAUAACUGACGACGGCCUCAUUCACAAGGAAGAAUUCCAGCUUGCUCUCUUCAGGAACAGAAACAAGAGAAAUCUAUUUGCAGACAGGGUAUUUGAUAUAUUUGACUACAAACGCAAUGGAGUGAUUGAAUUUGGAGAAUUUGUCCGGUCGUUAGGAAUAUUUCACCCUAAUGCAUCAGUUGCAGACAAAGUUUCAUUUGCAUUUAGAGUGUAUGAUCUGAGGAGCACAGGUUUCAUCGAAAGGGAAGAGUUGAGAGAGAUGGUAUUGGCACUAUUACACGAAUCAGAUGUAGUUCUUUCGGAGGAAUACAUAGAGAUGAUCGUGAACAAGUUGUAUCUUAUGAUGCAGACAUUUGACGAUGCAGAUAAGAAAGGCGAUGGAAAGAUUGACCUAGAUGAGUGGAAGGAAUUUGUAUCCCAAAAUCCAUCCCUUAUCAAGAAUAUGACACUUCCAUAUCUAAAGGAUAUAACACUAGCAUUUCCUAGCUUCGUGGUACGCUCUGAAGUGGAGGACUCGGACUUGUGAUUUGUGAGCUCGUGUAUUUGCCUAAACGCGCGUUGCAUACCCCGUCUCAUGUAGAUACAAUGAACUCCAUACAGAGUUUGGAGUUAUGAUUAAGUUGUACACAACGUCGAUUUCACAGAAGAGGGAGUCACGGAAUCGAAGGCCUUCGUGACAGUCAUAGCCGAGGCCUUGUUGUUAAGUUGAUUUGUGUGUUGCAGAAAGUGAGAAGCUGGCAGGUUCUACCCAGAAUUCCACAUGAGUACGAAGCUGAACAUGAUAUUUUUAGAUGUUUGAUGAGUAUAAAAUUAUUGUAUAGUUAUAUGCUUAGUGUUUUUUUCUGUUUUGUUUUGCUUUUUGGUUUUGCUUUAUUUUGAGAAUUAAGAAUGUGCUGUGUAAAGGAAUCCUUGCCUCCUUGGGUCCAAUAAUUCAAGCACAUAAUUAUUUUUGGUAUA